GUUAAACGUCGCAGAGAACUAAUGCUGCCUCUAUUGAGUAAUUAUUGCAAUUUUCGUGUGUUCUCGUCUAGACUCAUGCAUCCGCCAUAUCUUUACUUUUAGACAAUGAGAGAUGCCAAUCUUCUUUGGAAAUUUAAUCUGUGCAUAGUUUGUAUAUAUAUAUACAUAUGAAUAUAUAUAUAUAUAUAUAUGAAUGUCGAAGCGGACAUGGCGAAUUUCAGCGAGAAUUCACACGAAAUGACAGAAAAUAACAUGCAGCAACGUUGUAAUAUACAAUGGGUAAAAUUAAAUGUGGGCGGAACAUAUUUCUUAACUUCAAAAACUACGUUGUCUCGGGAUCCUAAUUCAUUUCUGUAUCGACUUUGUCAAGAAGAUUCGGACCUUAUAUCGGACAGGGAUGAAACUGGUGCUUACUUAAUAGACCGUGAUCCAACAUAUUUUAGUCCUAUCUUAAACUAUUUAAGACAUGGCAAAUUGGUUAUCAAUAAGGACUUAACUGAAGAAGGUGUAUUAGAAGAGGCAGAGUUUUAUAAUAUUACUGAACUAAUUCGACUAGUUAAGGAACGUAUUAUAAUGCGAGAUACAAGACCUUUAAGAGAUUCAAAGAAACAUGUCUAUAGAGUAUUGCAAUGUCAUGAGGAUGAAUUAACACAAAUGGUGUCAACAAUGUCAGAUGGAUGGAAAUUUGAACAGCUAAUCAAUAUAGGCUCCCAGUAUAAUUAUGGAAAUGAUGACCAUGCUGAAUUCCUAUGUGUUGUGAGUCGUGAAUAUGGACCAAGUCAAAUCAAUAGCAAGGAGCAGGAAUCAACUGAUCGUGUUAAGGUCUUACAACAGAAGGGAUCUCGCAUGUAAUCUAAAUCCGUCCCUUAUUCCUUCUUGCCUCCUUUAAUUAAAUCAACUAUGCAGCAAGAAGAUGAAGACUGUAUCUGUUUAUUUAGUUAAUAGUUUAUUUUUUAAGAUUUGUAUAGUCUCCAUUUGUAAGGUUUCAUUUCUACAUGAUUGUAAUGUUGCAAAAGAAUAAUAUGCAGAACUGUAAAAAUUUUAAUUAUAUUUUCUACAGAUAUUUAUUAUUUAGCAAUAUUAUAUAUGAAACUUUUAAAGUGGAAACUAUUACACUUUCAUUAUUAAUGAAGAUAUUUACAUUUUCGUUUAUUUGUUGUAAUGGAAGAUACUACUUGCAUGGAGGAUAUUUCACUUACUCAAUAUAUUACAAUUUUAUAAAAAUUAACAAUUUUAAGAGAAUACCAUUCUUUUUUUUAAAUACAUUACAGUGAUUUCCUUUCAAAGGAGACAUACUAGGGGUAAAAUGGCAAACAUGUUACUAAUAACCAAAGUUAUUUAACAAUAGCUAAAGUUAUGUUUUAGCUUUACUGAGUUAGUUUACGGACAAUAGUGUUUAUGGAAGUCAUCUUUUUCAUAAAAAAUUUCUACAAAGAAUAUAGAUAUCCGUGGUAGUGCAUAGUUUAUUCUUUUGUAUCAAAUUUUUUGUAUAAAAUUUCUUUUUAUUUGUAAUUGUAUUAUUAGAUUCUCUAAAUUACUUACCUUGCACUGCCGCUACAAAACAUAAUGUACAUGAUAUUUAUAUAGCUAGCAUUAUAACUUUCAGUAUCUGGA